CCCAGCCCCAGCCCUGGCAGCUCGUCCCUUCGAGCAGGUGCCGGGUGAGCGGCGGGGCGGCUGGCUCAACCUCUACCGCUUCUGGCAGGAGGGCGGCUUGCACAACGUGCACAACAUCAUGGCCCGCAAGUUCCAGCGCUUCGGGCCCAUCUACAGGGAGAAGCUGGGUGUCUAUGAGAGCAUCAACAUCAUCAGUCCCCGGGACGCGGCCACGCUCUUCAGGUCGGAGGGGAUGAUGCCCGAGCGCUUCAGCGUGCCCCCCUGGGUGGCUUACCGCGACUACCGCAACAAGCCCUACGGCGUGCUCCUCAAGAAGGGGGAGGCUUGGCGCUCCGACCGCCUGACCCUGAACAAGGAGGUGCUGUCGCCGCAGGUGGUGGAGGGCUUCGUGCCCCUGCUGAGCGAGGUGGGCGAAGAUUUCAUCCGGCGGGCACGGGCACAGGUCCAGAAGAGCGGCCGGGAGCGCUGGACGGCCGACUUCAGCCACGAGCUGUUCCGCUUCGCUCUGGAGUCCGUGUGCCACGUGCUGUACGGGGAGCGGCUGGGGCUGCUGCAGGACUUCGUGGACCCCGAGGCGCAGCGCUUCAUCGACGCUGUGACGCUGAUGUUCCACACCACCUCGCCCAUGCUCUACCUGCCGCCUGCCCUGCUCCGCGGCCUCAACGCCAGGACGUGGCGGGACCACGUCCACGCCUGGGAUGCCAUCUUCACCCAGGCCGACAAAUGCAUCCAAAACGUCUACCGGGACCUGCGGCUGCAGCGCAAGGGCAGCAGGGAGUACGCGGGCAUCCUCUGCAGCCUCCUCCUGCAGGACAAGCUGCCCCUGGAUGACAUCAAGGCCAGCGUCACCGAGAUGAUGGCGGGCGGCGUGGACACGACCUCGGUGACGCUGCAGUGGGCCAUGUUCGAGCUGGCACGGUCCCCGAGCACCCAGGAGCAGCUGCGGGCGGAGGUGCUGGCCGCCAAGCGCGAGGCGGCGGGGGACAGGGUGAAGAUGCUGAAGACCACCCCGCUGCUCAAAGCGGCCAUCAAGGAGACGCUCAGGCUGCACCCCGUGGCGGUGACGCUGCAGCGGUACACGGUGCAGGAGGUCGUCCUGCAGGACUACCGCAUCCCCCCCAAGACGCUGGUGCAGGUCGGUCUCUACGCCAUGGGCCGGGACCCCGAGGUCUUCCCCAAGCCGGAGCAGUUCAGCCCCGAGCGCUGGCUGCUGCCGGGCUCCAAGCACUUCAAGGGGCUGAGCUUCGGGUUCGGGCCGCGGCAGUGCCUGGGGCGCCGCAUCGCCGAGCUGGAGAUGCAGCUCUUCCUCAUGCACAUCCUGGAGAACUUCAAGAUCGAGACCAAGCGGGCGGUGGAAGUCGGGACCAAGUUCGACCUCAUCCUCCUGCCCGACAAACCCAUCUACCUGACGCUCCGGCCCCUGCAGCGCCCGGCGUGAGCGGGGCUCCUGGUGGCCCCCCUCCGGUCCCAGCCUGGGGACGCCUCCAGCACCUCCAGCCCUGGCCCCACGGGACAAGGGGGGAAAGCUGCCCCCCUCCCCAUUUUGCUUUGCCCUCGUUUUGCUCUGUCAUUUCUAAAAGCAGCGGAUCUUUGCCAUGAGCAUGAA